AUGCGUGGCCACUCAGAGAAGCCUGUCGUCGUCCCCGAGACGGAUGGCGACCACGAUAGUCACGUCCCUACACAGCGCGUUGACGAGCUCGAUACCGAAAAAUUAGAUGUAGAUUCCAAUGUCGUAAGUCGGCCCCAGCACCAUGCGCUUUCUUCUCGCCCAACGCCAAUCGCCGCCCCGACAUGCCAUUUGCGCCGCCGUCUCCAACCACAGCGAGGAGAGGAGAGGAGUGAGAGAGGCCAAAAAAAUGAGCCCUUUUCGUAUGAAGAAGAUGACGACCAAGACUUGCCUCGCCAAGUUCAAGUUCGAACCGAUCUCAAUGUCACCGAAGAUGACCUGCUCGAGGCCAAGGAACUCGCUUCCCGCUACACCCUCGAUCAGGUCCGCGACAUCAUGGUCCGCAUCUAUAGAAUUCACUCGCGCGAUCCCAACUUUCCUACUGCCGUCGUACAAAAGAUUAGCGCCUUUCUCGAGAAUGAAGACGUCUUCAAGCACCCCGAGUUGCACCAGCACCUCAUCUCCGAAAUGAAGUUGGAGGCUGCCCUUGUCACCUCAAACAGCCCCUACGCCGAAGUCCGCGCCGUUGUCAGCAACAAGGACGAUCCCUCGACGCCCUCGUCCACCAUUCGCAGUUGGACCAUCGGUUUGCUUUUUAGCGCCCUGCUCGCCUUUGUCAACCAGCUCUUCGAUAUUCGUCAACCUGCAAUCCGCGUCAUGGCCAACGUUGCUCAGCUGCUGGCUUAUCCCAUCGGCAAAGCUGCUGAGCGAUGGCUUCCUGACGCUGGCUUUACCCUCUUCGGCAUCCAACAUAGCCUAAAUCCGGGCCCCUUCACUCGCAAAGAACACAUGCUCAUUACAAUAAUGGCCAACGUCGCCUACAACACGCCAUAUACCAAUUACAUUAUUUGGGUUCAAUAUCUACCGCAAUAUUUUAACCAGCCUUACGCCGCCCACUUCGCCUACCAGAUUCUAAUCGCCCUUGCCACUAACUUCAUUGGUUACGGAAUGGCUGGAAUCUGCCGACGCUUCUUGGUUUACCCCUCGUACUGCGUCUGGCCCGCAUCCCUCGUCACCAUCGCCCUCAACACUGCCUUUCAUACUCCUGGCAACCCGCCCGUGAUGGGACCUUUUGGCAAGAUCUGGCGCAUCUCACGUGCCAACUUUUUUUACAUCAUGUUUGGCGCCAUGUUCAUCUGGUUCUGGUUCCCCAAUUACAUCUUUACUUCGCUCUCCAAAUUCAACUGGAUCAGCUGGAUACUGCCUCAUCACCGCGAUCUCAACGUCAUCACCGGCAUCAACAAUGGCCUGGGCCUAAACCCUUUCCCUACUUGGGACUGGAACGUUUUGCUAUGGGACUCUGCCGACCCUCUAAUGGUCCCUUUCUUCAGCACGCUAAAUCGCUUUAUCGGCGCCUUCAUUUCCAUGUGGGUCGUCCUGGCCUUUUGGUACAAAAACGUCUACAACACUGGCUAUUUGCCAAUCAACACGAACCGAGUGUACGACAACACCGCAAAGCUGUACAACAUUUCACGUGCAAUCAACGAACGUGGCCACCUCGACCCCGACAAGUACGCUGCCUACUCGCCACCUUUUCUUGGCGCUGGCAAUGUCGUCAUCUACAUGUUCUUCUUUGGUAUCUACACCUCGACGCUGACGUAUGCCAUUCUGUACCACCGCAACGAGAUCUCCAUGGGUUUCAAGGCUCUGUUCAACAGCUUCCGCAAGAAGACGCCGCUUGAGGACAAUCAUAUCCUUGACGUGCACAAUCGCCUGAUGAAGUCGUACAAGGAAGUGCCUGAGUGGUGGUACAUGUUGUGCCUAGCGUGCGCUGUCGCCCUUGGCGUUGGAGGCAUUGCCGGCUGGGAUACGCAUACGUCUCCCGGUGUUGUAUUCUACGGCCUAGCUCUCUGUGUCGUAUUCGUUAUUCCAGUCGGCAUUAUCAAAGCUAUGACGGGUAUCGAGGUAACGCUGAACGUCCUGGCCGAAUUCAUAGGAGGCUCAUGGGUCGACGGCAACGCCCUGGCUAUGAACUACUUUAAGUCAUUUGGAUACGUCACUUGUGCCCACGCCGUCUGGUUUUCCAACGAUCUGAAGCUCGCUCACUAUGUCAAGAUACCGCCGCGGCAGACCUUUUCCGCGCAAAUGAUUGCCACGCUUGUCAGCACCGUCGUCUGUAUCGGUGUCCUCAACUUUCAGAUGAUCAACAUUCGCGAAGUCUGCACCGAAAAUGCCCGCUACAAGCUCACUUGCCCCGGUGUCAACACCUUUUUCACCGCGUCGGUCCUCUGGGGCACCGUCGGUCCUAAGAAGAUCUUCGGUCAUCAGGGGCAGUACAGCGAGAUGCUUGUCGGCUUCCCCCUCGGCGUCGUCAUCGUCGUCGUCUUUUGGCUCCUCAACAAAAAGUACCCCCACUGGGCGUGGACGCGCCAGAUUCACCCCGUCGCCAUCAUGUAUGGCGGCAUCGUCUGGGCUCCUUACAACAUGUCGUACAUUUGGCCUUCGGUGCCUAUUGCCUACUUUUCCUGGAUCUAUCUCAAAUCUCGCUACGUCGGUUUGUGGUCCAAGUACAACUUUGUGCUUUCCGCAGCUUGGUCCUGUGGCAUCGCCAUUUCCGGCAUAAUCAUCUUCUUUAGUCUGCAGUACACCGAAGUCGACUUCAACUGGUGGGGCAACCAUGUCUCCGAGCAGGGCUGCGAGGACGACUCCUGCAACUACAAGAACCUCGCGCCCGGCGAUUAUUUUGGACCUCGCAUAGGAGACUUUAACUGA